AUCUUUAUAGUUUUUCACAUUUUCGAUGGCAGCUGUAUGAUAUGGGCGUCACAUCGUAUUUAAAAGUACAUAUUUGGUGAUUUAAACUCGACAUUGAGAAACUCGACUGUUGCGGUCCUUUUUGUUUCACUAAGUUUUAGUUCACGCUAUUAGCAACGGAGAACAAUCUGAAAUUUCACGUAAACAUUGAAGGUUUUACAAAUUGUCCAAGUUUUCAUUGAAACACUUGUUGGAAUUUAUACUUGGAACCCUUUUUAUUAAAAUACUCGUUGUGAUUUAUACUGUCAACACUUGGUAGAGUUAGUACUUUUGACAAACCAUUUGCCAAUCAUAGUCAGAGAAAUCGGGUAUCCUAUCUUCCAUCAGUCUUUAUAUUGAGCCCGUUUCGACCCCCAUGCCUUUUGUGCUAGGAUUCACAAAUGCUGCGUUUUGUUCGAAAUUUGAAGUAUUUUGCUCUGCGGAGCGUUCGUCGUGGCUGCGCCGUACUGGCAUCUUCUGACCGAAGUGAUGUCCACCUGGUGCUGCCAACUUGCCCCGCCUCCGAGUUCGCCAAGAGGAUCCGGCCGCUUCCAGUGCCCGACUUGAUCGAGAGGUUCUCCCGCGACUUUCCCGGCGGCCAGUUCGCCACAACGGUCGAGUAUCUGCGCAGCGAUCCGAUGGCCGAAACGGUCCUGGUUCCCGAGGAGAUUGAUUUACACCGAAAAAUGGUCCUGGACGACCUCAACGCCUAUAUGCAGGCGAAGGAAGCGUUUAGGGAGCUGCAAAGAAAGAACCGGGUAUUCGCUCACGUUCUGGUGGUGUCUGGUGCUGACUCAGUCCGGAAAUGGCCCUCGUGGCAGAAGCCCGAGUUUCUGUACCUUUGCGACUGCUUGAGGACGGGAAGUGCCCUGGUACUUCACCGCAGCCGAAAAAGAAAUGGUGCGCUGCUCUUCCUGUCCGGGGAUCUUGACUCCCAGCUGUCCACGGUUUAUAGCCACAUGCACCACGUGGACGACGUUCUGCCGCUCGCCAUGUUGGAGAAGAGCUUGCUCUGGCUGCUAAAGGAUCAGUCCCCCGAACUAUGGCACUCCCUCGAGCCUUCCAGUCCCAUCAGCCAAAUGGUAGAAGAGGCGGCCGAGAAGGCCAAGACGCCCGUGGGAAACCCCCGUUACAUUCUCCAGUACACGCGCACCGUGAAAACACCCCGGGAGCUGCGUGCACUGCGCCGCGCGAGCGCCAUUGCUGCCAAAUCGAUGGCUGAGGUAAUCGCCCUCGACCGACGUCAUCCCCAGCAGCUGAAAGCAUCCUUUGACUACAUGUGCCGGAUGCGCCACGCCCAUCCGGACGCGUCCCAUGUGUCGUGCGGAUCGGACAGCGACCGGCUGUGGCAGAUGGAGGCUGGCUGCCAAUACGCAGGCUACCAAGGCGGGUUGGCCAGAUGCUGGCCCAACUCGGGCCGGUUCACUCCGCCCCAGAAAAUGCUUUACGGCGCUCUGCUCGACAUUCAUCGCGAUCUGUGCUCGUUGAUACAGUCUGCCGGAAGUGAUGGCGCUGUGCGCACACCUAUGGAACUGCAUGCCGCCUACCUUAUCCUGCUGGCAGGGCACCUAAGGGAGCUCCGGGUGCUGCCCAAGGGCGACCGAAGCCCGGCCGAGACGGUGGAGCUGGCCCGCAAGUACAACUGCUCGCCAGUCGUCGUCUCGCACGUGGGUCUUGGCAAGCUGGACACCAGUCGGAGGCUCCUCGAAUACCCGUUCGCACCCGGGAACGUGUUGUCACUGCGCCUGUCCAUCUCGGUCCCCGACGACUGCUGCCAGGCCUACCCCGAGUUCCGGGGCAUCCUUUGCCAGCUCGGCGACACCCUGCACAUCCGGGACGACUUCUCCGUGGAGGUGCUCACCGCCGACUGCCCCAGCGAGCGCCAGGCUAUUGAGGCCGAGUGCUUGCCGACCAGCAGGGGCAGAUCCUCACGGCUGCGGGCAGACGGGGAUCAGGGCGGACCCGCUGAUAGGCAACGGCUGCAAGAUCUCGCUGGCGGGAACUGAGUAAAAGAAGUGGCUUAAGGGAUCAGCGCGGUGCCCAUGCCCAGAAAUGCCGCGAAAUGAGUAAUGUGUAUAUCGCUGUGAUAUUUGUUUGUGCUGUUUCUGCAGGUGUUAAAACUCGAUUUGUUAUUUUCUUCUCUCUUUA